AUGCCCCUUCACAUUGACAUGGUCAAAUCUCCCGUCUCCCAGUCCAUCAGUCCCUUCUCGCCCUUGGAUGGUCCUCCGGUGCAUCCCCAGAUCGAGAAAGAGGCCCUCACGACCUGA